UUAUUGAGAAAAAUAAAGCUAAAUGGAGAAGAAUAACAAAAAUAAACAACGCGUUGAAAAAAACUGCAAAAAAAAAGAGAAGGGGGAGGGCGAAAUUAAAACAAAACGACGCGUAGUCUACGUAGCCUUCUAAGAAACGGCACAAGUACAAGUCAUCUCUAUCAAUAUUCUUCUUCUUCUUCCUCACGCGGUUUUCUUUUACCACCACCAACUCAACACACACACGAAUCCCUUAAAACCGAUCAGAUCAAACAAAAACGAACGAAUCAAAAUUCAAUAAAAAAAAACCUUUCGAUUUCUCUCAUCCAAUCGAAUCGAAAAUCUUGUUAUCUCUUUCUCUCUAACUCUACUGCACUCAGAAUCUCUCUGUAUAGAAAAACCCUAAGUAGGUUGUGAUGUUGCGAGCUUUAGCACGGCCUCUCGAACGGUGUUUGGGAAGCAGAGCUAGUGGUGAUGGUUUACUCUGGCAAUCGGAAUUGAGACCUCACGCUGGCGGUGAUUAUUCGAUCGCGGUGGUUCAAGCCAAUUCCAGGCUUGAAGAUCAGAGUCAGGUUUUCACAUCUUCUUCUGCUACUUACGUCGGUGUAUACGAUGGUCAUGGUGGACCUGAAGCUUCUAGAUUCGUUAACAGACAUCUCUUUCCUUAUAUGCACAGUAAGUUAUAAUCCCACUCUUCCUUCCCUAAACUUGUUUUAGGAUUCUUUCUUCUUUUGACUCUUUGACUACGUUUUUGAUGGUCAAAACUUAUGAGAUCUCUAUUACCCUGAUCAUUUCAAUAUUAAAAGAUUCGAAUUUUGCUAUGAAGUUUUGGUCUUUGUGAACAUGUUCAGGUUUGUAAAUUGCCUCUUGAAUUGAUUUUGUAGUCAUGUUCUUGUUAGUGAAAUUUACAGGAUUGGUUUUAUGAUUGCAGAAUUUGCAAGAGAACAUGGGGGAUUAUCUGUAGAUGUUAUCAAAAAGGCAUUCAAAGAAACAGAAGAAGAGUUUUGUGGUAUGGUUAAACGAUCCCUUCCCAUGAAACCGCAAAUGGCUACUGUAGGAUCUUGCUGUCUUGUUGGUGCAAUCUCUAAUGACACACUGUAUGUUGCUAAUCUUGGGGACUCGAGAGCCGUUCUUGGAAGCGUUGUUUCAGGGGUUGAUAGUAAUAAAGGUGCCGUAGCUGAACGGUUAUCUACUGAUCAUAAUGUUGCUGUUGAAGAAGUGAGAAAGGAGGUUAAGGCACUUAACCCUGAUGACUCACAAAUCGUCUUAUACACACGUGGAGUUUGGCGGAUUAAAGGCAUUAUUCAGGUAUCGAGAUCAAUUGGGGAUGUAUACUUGAAAAAACCGGAGUAUUACAGGGACCCGAUUUUCCAGCGACAUGGAAAUCCCAUUCCUUUGAGGAGACCCGCGAUGACAGCCGAACCCUCCAUUAUAGUAAGGAAGCUUAAGCCACAGGACUUGUUUCUGAUAUUUGCAUCAGAUGGUCUCUGGGAACAUCUUAGUGAUGAAACAGCCGUAGAAAUCGUCCUCAAACACCCAAGAACUGGUAUUGCCCGAAGACUUGUAAGAGCUGCUCUGGAAGAAGCGGCAAAGAAGAGAGAAAUGAGAUAUGGAGAUAUAAAGAAAAUAGCCAAAGGAAUUCGACGACAUUUCCAUGACGACAUAAGCGUUAUUGUAGUUUAUCUAGAUCAAAACAAAACCAGUUCAUCGAAUAGUAAAUUGGUGAAGCAAGGAGGUAUCACCGCUCCACCGGAUAUCUACUCAUUACACUCUGAUGAAGCAGAGCAACGACGGUUACUCAAUGUGUUAUACUGACUGUUUGAUUAUGGUAAAAUGGCUGCUUGGGAAAGAUCCGAAUAGGGAGAAAACUUGUUUACAUAUUUGUUUAUUUGUUUUUCUACGAAGAACUGGUUUUUUUUUUUUUUCAAUAUUGGAGUUGGAUUUGUAUAUUCUUUUACCAGCAAAGAAGGUCGAAACCCUUUAGUUUUUGGGCAAAGCAGUUUUGCUUUUGACACAAACAAUACUUUUGUAUGAAAAUCUAGUGUGAAACCGUUGAGGACAACUCUUCAUAUAUCAGAUUGUUUUUUUUUAUG